AUGGCUAUUGGCAAUGCUAUCCUCAAGGGUCUUGAGAGUGUCCCAGAGCUCAAUGACUCCAACUGGUUCACCUGGUCCAAGCCUAUGAUCAAAUUCCUGAACGCCUGUGGAGCACAGUAUGUCCAUGAUCCUUUGACUGCUGCUGUUCCCAAGGACAAGGAGGUUUUGGAUGGAGAGAUUAACUGGUUGAUCUAUGGGAAGGUCUCUGAGGAUUGGCAGUAUUUGGUUGCUGAUGUGGAGCAUGCUUGGGAGUCUUGGAAGGCAUUGAAAGGGCAGUUUGAGAAGUCGACUAUGGGCAGCAGGCUGAAGGCACGUUCUGAAUUCCACAAUGUUGUCCACGACCCCUCGAAGCCCAUCUCCCACUAU